AUGGAGACCAACGCCGGAAGCCCUGCAGGGCGACUUCUUACUUUGGAAUCAUUGGAUUAUUCCAGACAAUGUAAUCAAGCGUACGACUUCGGUGCUGCAGCAGAUCAUAAUGCCGAACUCUUUAGGGGACAGAAUAACGAUAUUGACGAGCAAUCAUACGACUUCGGUGCUGCCGCAGAUUAUAAUACCGAUCUUUUGAAGAGAAAGAAUAGUGAAAGUUAUGAGCUAGCAUUACCAGCAUUCUUGAACACUACACUAUUGAGCACUUCAUAUGCUGCUACGCUUGUACCAGAGCCUCAAGAUUAUAUGCCGAUCGACUUCAAUUCAGGCGACUGGAACGAACUUUCUCCGGCAGAACCUAAUGUCGAGGUUUCGAUGACUGGCUUCAUAGAAGCUGGUAAUAUAAGUAAACAGUUUUCACCGACUCCAUUCGUCAAUAAUGAGAAAAUUCCUGGCCAGAUAGCCACUGCACCAUUAGUUUUACCAAGUCCCCAAACAUUAUCAGGAGCAACCGAUGGAUCUCACGAGGUUCCUCUCAGAGGGCUAGAGGGCAGAUUGAGUUGCCACCACCCAGGGUGCAACAAGAGUUUCCCGCGCGAUUAUGAACGCCAGCGACAUAUGAAGAAUAUCCACUUGCAAAACUUCCAGGUAGUCUGUCCAGUUUAUGGGUGUCAUCGAACUACGAAGCCAUUCAAAAGAGCAGACAAGUUCAUGGAACACUUCCGAAAACAUGAUAGCUCGCGAAGUUAUCGGUGCCUUAUUGAGAAUUGCCAGUCUGCACCCUUUGAUAUCCCAGGAUUAAUUGAUCAUCUCACCAAGAGUCAUUAUGCAGGCGACGAUGCCCAACCCAAUCUUGAAUUCAUCAAUAAGAAAGUCUUAGGAACCCGUUCCAUUCCAUUCUGGCUUCAUCGUUUGUGUUUGAGCAGUCUUGAUGUUUGCCCGUUGGCACCAAUUGGCUGUACUUAUCGACUCACAGCUGAUGAUGAAGAUCUCGACCACAAGCGCGUGAUGCAACAGCACAUUCUCACCCAUCAACUUUCUGAUCGCCGUCAAGGAUCGGAGCUUCUGAGAAACUUCUUCACAGGUAAUGAUCGUCAAUAUCUAGACGAUGGAACAAAAAAUUGCAUGUUAUGUUCGUUCCAGGUCAACGGCUGCUUUCACCGAGAGCUUUUUUUCAAUCAUAUGGUGAAAGAUCAUUCUAAAGAAGAGCGUGGCUCUGUUUUGGAAGAUACUUAUCACAAAGUCAUCAAUUUCCUGUAUCUGUGGCUCGGGCAACCGGGAUGGAAACAAUUGGAUGCCAUAGUACUUUCAAAUGAGUGCAGAGAGGCUGGCUUUAGAUUUGGGCGCUGGCAAGAAAACUUCCUUCUCCGUCUCGAGGAGUGUUAA